UUGAGGCUGAGCUGAGCAAGAGCUAGCUACGUCUUCAGCUCAGUGCAGUGUGUUGUGCAGAGGUAGAGGCGGCUAGUUGACCUUCCUGACUGAAGUGUUUUACUUUUUAGAGCAGCAGUACUAGCCUUGUGGUGGAUCAGAUAGCAAACAUGGCCGUGAAGGGAACAUUCGCUAAAGCGUCCAAGGUGGUCUUGUUUGUCGUCAACGUUCUGUUCUGGCUGGUGGGUAUCGGUAUUCUUGCACUAGGAGCCUAUUCUGAGGUUCAGCGUAAGAACGAUGAGAAGAUCGCCAUCAUCAAUACGUCCACGUCGUUUGGACCGGUGGCGUUGAUGGUCGGUGGAGCCCUCGUUCUCGUUAUCGGCUUCUCCGGCUGCUGUGGUGCGUGGAAAGAACACCGUGGCCUUCUCAUCUUUUAUGCAGUGCUGGUGCUGGUGAUCUUCGCCAUACAGAUUGCCGGUGGCAUUUUUGGUUUUGUGCGCCGUAACGAUCUGGAGAACAUAGUGACGGAUGGCAUGAAGGAAACACAGCUGAACUAUGACCCGCGAGAUCCCGACCUCACCGACACCAAGGCAUGGGACGAGGUUCAGCGCAAGGUCAAAUGCUGCGGCGUGGACAACUACACCAACUGGAACAACAUCACUGGCUGGAGGGAUGUGUUUGACGAGAGCUUCCCGCUUGUCUACCCUGGCUCGUGCUGCCCGUUCCCGAACUCUACGUACAUUGGUACCAGCAAUCAGACAGUUCAAUUCUGCUACGUGGACGCUCCCGACUUCUACUCGCAGGGCUGUUUUGAUGAGAUCCUAAGCGAGGUCAAGCAAUACUGGAAGGCCAUUGCUGGUGCUGGAGUUGGUGUUGCUGUCUUUGAGUUGCUGGUGAUCACCAUGGCCUGCUGCCUGCAGACGGCCAUCAAGAAGGACGAGUACACUGCCGUCUAGGUGACUGGCCACUUGCCACUGCUCACACCCGGCGAUGGCUGCACACGGCUCUGACCGUCUAGCUCUGCGAUGGACACACUCACAGCUCGGCACACUGACGCAUUGCACGCCGCUUGGCUGGCACACUCAGCUGUGCAGACAAGUUGGUCAUCUUGCCGCGCCGGGUGCGUAAGCAGCCGGCUGUUUUAUUCCCUAUUCUUUAUCCCCUCCUCCCCUAGAUUCUUUCCCUUUUGCUGUUCCCGAUCGCUAUGCACGUUUACGUAUUUACAAAUUAUAAUUCAAAUCACAAAACAACCUACAUGCAGUAGCACCUUCAGUCAUGCACUUGACCGAAGCGCGCUCACGUAGCCACAGUUGAGCGUGCUCACUUUGUGCUCAAUUGCUUCAUUUGCAGUCAAUCUUUUGAUCGUUGCGUGUAUGCGCGCGCUCUCUCUCUCUCUCUCUCUCUCUCUCUCUCUCUCUCUCUCUCUCUCUCUCUCUCUCUCUCUCUCUAUCUCUCUCUCUCUCUCUCUCUCUCUCUCUCUCUCUCUCUCUCUCUCUCUCUCUCUCUCUCCCUCUAUCUAUCUCUCUUUGCACUGACGCUAUCUGACUACGGAAGGCACUCAUUACAUUUACAAAGACCUGUAAGGUCUCAUCUUGGAGCUCCGCGGCUUGUUUGAAAGACGUAUCUGCUUGGAUUGCGUGCGUAUUUGCGUAUCACAGCGACCGUCAUUGCGCUAGUUUUUUUGGCUGGUCGCAUUUAGCGCAUUCGCAGCUGUAUACGGCAAUGCUUGCUAUCAGGCAUGUUACACAAAAAAAAGUCAUGAUUGCCCCUGGUUUGUCUGUGUGUGUGUGCGCGCGCGCGCUCGCGCGUGCGUGUGUGUGUGUGUGUGUGUGUGGUGUGUUUGUUUUUAGACAGUUUUAGGCCCGCUCGCCAGCCGUUAGUGAUUAAGCGUAUAGCCUAGCAGUAAUUAAAGCAUGUCUCCAGUCCGCUGCGCCGCGUAGAGCCCCACAGUAGGCGUUCUGAGUAGUGUAAUUGCUUUUGCUUGCUGCCAUUCUGACUCUUCAGUCUCUGAUUUUUGCGUUCUUUUUCUCUUUUCUCGAUCUCACGGAUCACAGUCAUCUGAUAAUCCUGUGAAAGAAACGUUAAAAAAAUGUAUAUGUUAU